UCUUCUUGUCUUAAUCCCUCUCACAACCGGAAUUUCACAAUGGACUCAUCAUCACCAGAUUCUUCUCAGAAUUCUAGAGAAAUUGGAUACAACUUCAAAUCCAAAAUAACAAGAAAAAUAAGUUCAGCAGCAGAUGUAGGAGUCAAUCAUGUCAUAAAUAUUAUGGAAGGAAACGAGGAUCGCUUAGCUUCCAUGCAUAAGAAAAUCUUGGAGCCACCGCGUUUGCUGAGCAUGUGUGCUGGUAGGACCUCAUGCUGCAUCUUCAGAGUUCCAGAGAGCCUGGUCGAGGUCAACGAUAAGGCCUACCGACCUCGUAUUGUCUCAAUAGGGCCAUAUCACCGCGGGGAGCCUCAGCUUAGGAUGAUUGAGGAGCACAAGUGGCGGUAUUUAGGCUUCUUGCUCAAAAGGAUGCAAGGAAAAGGCUUGGGAUUGGAAGACUUUUUAAAGGCCAUACAGCCCCUGGAACUGAAAGCAAGAGAAUGUUAUUCUGAAACUAUUCAGCUUGGCAGUGAUGAAUUUCUCGAGAUGAUGGUUCUUGAUGGUUGCUUCAUCGUUGAAUUGUUUCGAAAAGUUGGAAACUUAGUUCCAUUUGAGCCUGAUGAUCCUCUAGUAUCUAUGUUAUGGAUAUUACCAUUUUUCUACAGGGAUUUUCUUCGAUUGGAAAAUCAAAUUCCCUUCUUUAUUCUUCAAUGUCUGUUUGAUUUAUCAAAGAUGCCUGGAGAGAAAUCUGGUCGGCCCUUAUCUAUGCUAGCUUUGGAAUUCUUUAACAACGCAAUACUAAGGCCCGAUGAAGUUAUAGCUAAGUAUCAUGAUCUAAAAGCCAAGCAUUUGCUUGAUUUGGUCCGUGCAAGCUUUAUUCCAUCCGAUCAAGAUCGCGAGCCAUGCAAGGUUUGUGUACCAACUCGAAUGAUUCAUUCCGUUUCCAAGCUUCGCCGUGCAGGAAUCAAGCUCCAUCCAGGAAAAGCAGACAGCUUCUUGGUCAUAAAAUUCAGACAUGGUGUGAUAGAAAUGCCUCCUAUAACCAUAGAUGAUUUCAUGAGCUCUUUAUUGCUCAAUUGUGUAGCAUUUGAGCAAUGCCACCGGAGCCCCAUGAAGCACUUCACAGAUUAUGCUACUCUAUUGGACUGCCUGGUAAACACCUACAAGGACGUGGAAUACCUAUGCGAGAGAAACAUCUUCGAAAACUAUUUUGGAACUGAAGGAGAAGUCGCACGAUUCAUCAAUGAUAUGGGUAAAGAUACAGCAUUUGAUAUCAACAACUGCUACUUAUCUAAGCUGUUUAGAGAUGUUCACCAGUAUUACCGGAAUAGUUGGCAUGUUCAAUGGGCUAGCUUCAAACACACUUACUUUCAAACUCCAUGGUCAUUUAUAUCCGCAUUGGCUGCCUUGAUUCUCCUACUACUUACCAUUGCUCAGACCUUCUUCACAAUUUAUCCUUUUUAUAAAACCUGAUAAAUAUAUAAAUUUAACAUAAUUAUGAUAAAAUAAAAUACUUUGAUCUAUUGUUGCUUUUUAUAGGGAAAAUAAGCUUGUAGACUAAAUUUCUGAAUAAUAGCAAUGAAUAUCAUCUUUUGACGGAAGGAUUGGCCUUAGGAGGCAGUACAAGCAGCGUUAUGUGCGAUUAGUCUUAUCUUAUAUGAUGGCUUUUUCCUCGGUUUUAUCUUACUAGUUCCUCUUCAUUCCAAAUAUACUCAAAAUUUUGCUUGGUAAUAUAUUCAUUA